GGUACGGAUUGGCCCCCCCAGAGUCGGUAGGGUAAGGAUUGGCCCCCCCAGAGUCGGUAGGUACGGAUUGUGUCUUGGUAAUAAUCGUCUGUUCUCUCCUGCCACUCAGGUUGUAGUUGGAGUGACGGUAGCAGCAGCUCAGGGAGAACCAACUGGCUCGUUCUCAAGAAUCUCACAACUCAGAUGGAUGGUUCUACUCUGAGGACUCUCUGUAUGCAACAUGGUCCUCUGAUUACAUUCCACCUCAACCUGCCGCACGGCAAUGCUGUGGUAUGUUACAGCUCCAAGGACGAGGCGGCCAAGGCACAGAAGAGUCUGCACAUGUGCGUACUAGGUAACACUACCAUUCUGGCUGAGUUUGCCAGUGAGGAGGAAAUCAACCGUUUCUUUGCACAAGGUCAGUCAUUGGCCGCUGCCUCCCCGGGCUGGCAGGCCAUUGGCUCCUCUCAGAGCCGAAUGGGCGGAGCCUUGGAGGGUUCCCACCCCUUCCCCAGCCGUGCCCCGGAGCCCAGUCAAUGGAACGUCAGCGACCUCCAUAGCUCCUCCCUUUGGGGCGGGUUGAACUAUUCCACUAGCCUAUGGGGCGCCAGCGAGGGCGGGAGGAUCAACAGCCCUUCUCCAAUCAGCUCCUUCCUCCCCGUGGAUCACCUGACAGGGGCGGGGACUCCAUGUAAAGCCCGUGUCAGUGGAGUGCCGAACGCUGGACAGCGUGACGACAGACUGGGUCGUCUGGAAUCGUUAUUAAUCUCCAAACACAAAGAAAAACAGUCCAAGACCAAAAAACAAAAUGGCUCCUUCUCACUUACAAAUAUACAGGAAGGGGUCACCCUGUGGAAAAUACGUACAGGAAAGGGGGGGUCACCCUGUGGAAAAUACAUACAGGAAGUAGGGGGGUCACCCUGUGGAAAAUACGUACAGGAAGUAGGGGGGUCACCCUGUGGAAAAUACGUACAGGAAGUAGGGGGGGGUCACCCUGUGGAAAAUACGUACAGGAAGUAG